UAAAAUUUCCAAUAUUGAGAAAAAUAUAUAUAUUUGGAAACUCUGCAAUGAACUAUUUUCCAGGAAUGUGGACCGUAGAUUCUUCUGACAACGAAUGGAUAUAACGGCCAGUCUAAAGCCACCUAGAAUCUCGUUCCCUAUUUAAUCAAAUCCCACCAAGUUAGAAUCUUGAAGGAUUGUUUCCCUAUGAAAUAUAAAUCUCCACCACCUACCAACUAGCCUAGCUUGUUACGCCGGAGUGGCACUCCCCAAAUCCCGAUGGCCUCCACCCUCUCCUGCUCCGCCGCCGACCUCCUCCCCCUCCUGGGUCCCGCAGCAAAUGCCUCUGCCGCUGCUGAGUUCAUCUGCGGCCGCUUUGAGGCAGUUUCCAAUAAGUUUGUUGAUACAGGCUUUGCACUGGAUACCACCUACCUUCUCUUUUCUACGUACUUGGUUUUCGCCAUGCAGCUUGGUUUUGCAAUGCUCUGUGCUGGCUCAGUCCGGGCAAAGAACACCAUGAACAUCAUGCUCACCAACGUUCUUGACGCUGCCGCCGGUGGCUUCUUUUAUUAUACGUUUGGUUUUGCCUUUGCAUUUGGAUCGCCGUCUAAUGGGUUCAUCGGCCAACAUUUCUUUGGGCUGAGUAAGUUCCCAUCGCCAUCUUUUGAUUAUAGCUAUUUCCUGUUUCAAUGGGCUUUUGCCAUAGCAGCAGCUGGAAUCACCAGCGGAUCAAUAGCAGAGAGAACCCAAUUUAUUGCAUAUUUGGUAUACUCUUCUUUUCUGACCGGUUUGGUUUAUCCGAUUGUUUCCCAUUGGUUCUGGUCUUCCAAUGGGUGGGCUAGCCCUGGGAGAUCAGAAAAUCUAUUGUUUGGCUCUGGGGUUAUUGAUUUUGCUGGUUCUGGCGUUGUCCAUCUGGUUGGAGGCGUUGCCGGUUUGUGUGGUGCACUGAUCGAAGGUCCUCGCAUUGGCCGAUUUGAUGACUCUGGCCGUGCCGUGACGAUGCGUGGACACAGUGGCACUUUGGUUGUAUUGGGUACUUUCUUAUUAUGGUUUGGCUGGUAUGGGUUCAAUCCUGGUUCAUUUGUUAAUAUUUUGAAGAGUUAUAAUGGAAGUGGUUCAUAUUAUGGGCAAUGGAGUGCCGUCGGUAGAACUGCCGUGACCACCACUCUAGCAGGUUGCACAGCUGCAUUGACCACUCUCUUUGGGAGGAGGUUACUGGUUGGUCACUGGAAUGUAACUGACGUUUGUAAUGGUUUGCUUGGUGGGUUUGCAGCCAUUACCGGUGGUUGCUCUGUUGUUGACCCGUGGGCUGCGGUGGUUUGUGGCUUUGUUGCUGCAUGGGUCCUUAUUGGAUGCAAUAAACUGGCAGAGAAGUUGCAUUACGAUGAUCCAUUGGAGGCUGCACAGCUUCAUGGAGGCUGUGGUUCUUGGGGGAUUAUAUUCACUGGAUUGUUUGCAAAGAAGGCCUACGUAGAGGAGGUUUAUCCGGGUCAUCCAGGAAGACCGUACGGGUUGUUCAUGGGAGGAGGUGGGAGACUAUUGGCUGCAAAUACUGUGCAGAUUCUGGUGAUAGUGGCGUGGGUGAGUGUGACUAUGGGGACGUUGUUCUUGAUUCUGCAUAAAUUGCAGCUGUUAAGGAUCACACCAGAAGAGGAAACAGAAGGAAUGGAUCUUACAAGCCAUGGUGGGCAUGCUUAUACACUUGCCGAUGUUCUUGAUGCUCAGAAACAAGCAGCGGCUGCUGCUGUUUGAUUAUCGAGUUCUUUUGUUGUGUGUUGCUUUGCUUCUUGUAAUUUUAGGUUCUUAUUAUGUAUCAAGUUUGAUUAAAUAUGAUUACUAAUGAAGAUCCUUAAUGUGAAAAGAACUAGUUUGCUAA